GCGCGCACGCGCGGUCUUGGCACAAGGCAGUUAGGGAGCGCGAGGGACUUGGACUGGGGGCUCAGGGAUGCCGCGGCUCCUCGGCUUGUGUGUGCUGUGGCUUGGGCUUCCUCUGGUUCGGUUCUCCCGUGAGCUGAACGACAUUAGCAGAGCCAGGAAGUUGUGCGGCAGGCAUUUACUGAAAGAAAUAGUAAGACUCUGUGGCAAUGUUAGCUGGAGCCAGUUUGAAGAGGAAAACCCCCUCACACACCUGCUUUCCCAAGCCGAGCAGGUUGAAACGUUCAUCCCCGACCGGUUGGAAAGCUCCCAAACCACUUUCUCGGUCUGGGGAAGAGGUUCAAGACAAGUCUCUACUUCUGCCUCUCAGGAAGAAGCAAUAAACAAUUUAAAGAUGAAGUCACUGCAUGAAUAUCAGUAUAAAAAGGCCAACUUGCCUUUUAAGACAAGACAAGAGAUAAUUUCCUCAACACAAGACAUCAAUCCAUAUAUUCGUGAGAUUGUAGAAUUUCAGAAGAAAAACACAAACAAUUUUAAAACCUUAAGCAAUUUGUUUUGGGGCUAUCAUCCCCAAAGAAAACGCAGAGGAUACUCAGAAAAAUGUUGUCUAAAAGGAUGUACAAAAGAAGAACUUAGUAUUGCAUGUCUUCCGUAUAUUGAUUAUAAAAACUUAAAGAAAGAAGCAUCAGCAAUUGUGACUGAAAUAUACUAA